CACGCAAACCAAACCAGGCGAAACCCCGGCCACGGACCCCAAGCUGACCGUGCGGCGAUGGUGUCGGACGCGGAGCUGGUGGAGCGGCUGCGGGAGGUGCUGCGGUCGUCGGACCUCAACACAACGACCACCGCCGCCCUGCGCCGCCGCCUCGAGGAGGACUUCGGCGCCGACCUCUCCCACAAGAAGGCCUUCAUCCGGGAGCAGGUCGACCUCUUCCUCGCGGAGGUCGCAGCCAAGGCCGAGCCGGAGGACCCCGAGGAGGAGGCGGUGGUGCCCAAGGAGGAGGAGCCAGAGCAGGAGGAGGAGACGGAGGAGGGCGAGGGGGUAGAGGAGGAGGAGGAGGGCGAGGGGGAAGAGGAGGAGGGCGAGGGGGAAGGCGAGGAAGACGAGGAUGGGGAUAGCGGCGGCGCCUUGAAGAAGCGGCGAUUGGAUAAAGCUAAUAACAAUGGCAAGAGAAGGGGUGGUGGCUUUACGAAAUUAUGCAGCCUUUCCCUAGCACUUCAAGAGUUUGUCGGGACCUCUGAGUUAGCCAGGACAGAGGUUGUCAAGAAGCUUUGGGCAUAUAUUCGAGAAAAUAAUCUGCAAGACCAAAACAAUAGGAGGAAGAUUCUGUGCGACGAGAGAUUGAAGAAGAUCUUCAAUGUCAAUUCCAUCGAUAUGUUCCAAAUGAAUAAAGCUUUGACCAAGCAUAUCUGGCCAUUGAAUUCUGAGGGUCCUGUCUCUCCUGACAGAUCAACACCCAAAGAGAAGCCGCAAAAGAGGGACAGGAAUGAAGGAAAGAAGCAAAAGGGUGGCUCUUCAGGGUCUGGAUCUGGUCUUCUUGCGCCCCUUCAACUUUCGGAUGAUUUAGUGAAAUUUAUUGGCACUGGUGAGAGUAUAUUAUCACGAUCGGAUGUCGUGAAAAGAAUGUGGGGCUACAUAAAAGAGAACAACUUGCAGGCUGCAUGGCUAAGCACAAUGGGUGUUGCAGCCAGAAUUCCAAAUUACGGAAAUCCCUAUGGGUACUGGGAGUGGAAAAUACUGGGGGAAGUAUGCCAUUUUGAGAUUUUUUAUUUGUUGUUUUGAACUCUAUUUUCUAUUUUAUGUUGUUGGAAUUUGAAAGUCGUUGGAACUUUUUAAAUAAAAUAAGAGCACAGAAUGUGACCGGGGCCGGGCGCCCUAGGCCUGUAAUCAGUUGGCUCCUGGCUCCCAGCCAAGGUCCGGGAAAUAGUUGAAAAGUGGUUUCAAGACCCUGGUUACUGUACUGAUUGUAGGUUCCGGCUUUCACAUGACACAUCACAGCCAAACUAAAUUGCUUUUGCAAGUGUCAGGGGUACACUAUUGACCAUUCUAUGGUUGCUGUUCUGCAGCCUCAGGCCUAAUGACGCUUGUUACACAUCCAAAGAAAUGGUGUAAUAACUCUGUUGGCUGAUGUAUGGUUUGUGUAGUCCACUGUCACCCUUUUCCAAUGUGCUGUGAGCUUGUCUUUCCAAAUAGUCACUGAUUAGCCAAAUCAUAGUAUGCUGUUGUACUCUGUCAUCACUAUCUUAUACUUGUCACGAGGAUUAGCUGCCCUCAAGAAUGCAGACUUUUGUAGUUUUGUGGUGUCAUAUAUAUUGCUGUCACAGAGACCAAAUGUUUGGAAAAUAAAAUUGCAAUCGGGCUGCGCUGGUAAACAAUGCCAGGGGUAUUUCUGCGAAAUAACAUUGUCAUUAGGGUGUGAUACGCAAGGUAGGAUACACACCCAGUCUCUCUGUGCUAUAUUUAGGCACGUAGGAUAUACGUUUCUUCAUUUUUCUCUCUUCUAACCCACUUUUGUGUUGCACCAUGGACAAUUUUGUCAUUUAUUUUCUUGUCUUAACUAGCCCAUCUGUAAAAAACGGUCUCAACAUAGAUACUAUAUUCCAUAAUUUCCAUUUCCUCUCUUUGGAGUGUUACCACUACCAGUCCAACCCAGUUGCAAUGUUGUUUUCCUAAAUUUCAAUCUUCGUGAUGCUGUUGAGUUGUAUUUUCCCUUCUUUUAAUUACCAAAGCUGGAAAGCCCUAGACUAUACAAUCAUGAAGUGGGGCUACUUUGAGAAGAUCAAGGCAUUGAUUGAGUUGGACAAUCUGGACCUGGAAUUUUCCCUCUCUCUUUUUUUUGAGCUCAGCUUUUGCUCAUGUAUUUGCAUGGCCCCUGAAUUCUGUAGAGCUAUUAAUCAUUGAAAUUGAACAUCUGGAAAUAGGGAGGAAGAGUUGAACUACUCUUAUCACUACCCUUUCAUAUCUUCUGUGUAUUCUUUUUAAUAUAGCAAAUUUGUUCUUAAUUGCU